GAGGGAGCCUUGAUUUGAUGAUGAUUUAGCCGGGGAUUAUUAUUAUUAAUGGAGGCAGCAGCAGCGCCUUGCUUCUUCUGCGGCACUGUGUCUGUAUCGGCGACCUUGCAAUCCCUCCCCCUCCGAUCUGCCCCCAUUAAUAAUGUUCAGCUUCACCCUCCUUCCACAUGCCUCCAGAUGCCGCACAAGGCCCGCCUCCCUAUCAGUAUCAUCCACUGCCGGAUGAACGAUGCCGCCAGCGGUCCUAGCAUCGCCCACCGGACGACCAGGAGCCGGAAGAAGAAGCCCACCCUUCACCCCACUCCAACUUCUGGGGAGGGACACAAUCCCAACAAGAAGAUGAAGGAUGCUGAGGCGGCGGCGGCGGCUGCAGGGACCGGGAGUGUUGGGGCGCUGCACCAGAAUGGGGACCCCCUGGGGCGGAGAGACCUGGGCAAGAGCGUCGUCAAGUGGAUAGGCCAGGCCAUGCGUGCCAUGGCCUCCGAUUUCGCUGCUGCCGAGGUGCAGGGCGAGUUCUCGGAGGUGAGGCAGCGGAUGGGACCUGGCCUCACUUUCGUCAUUCAGGCCCAGCCUUACCUCAAUGCCAUUCCCAUGCCCCUUGGACUCGAAGCCAUCUGCCUCAAGGCUUGUACUCACUACCCCACUCUCUUCGAUCACUUCCAGCGGGAGCUCCGCGAUGUUCUCCAAGCCCAGCAGCGCCGGUCCCUCGCCCCUAAUUGGCGGGACACCGAGUCCUGGAAGCUGCUCAAGGAGCUAGCUUCUUCUGCUCAGCACAAGGCGAUUGCCCGCAAGGCAUCCCAGCCGAAGCCCCUGCAAGGUGUUCUGGGCUUGGACCCGGAGAAGGUCAGGUCAAUACAGAAGAGAAUAGACGACUUCACCGAGAAUAUGUCCGAGCUCCUCCGCAUUGAACGGGACGCCGAACUUGAGUUCACACAGGAGGAGUUGGAUGCAGUCCCCAUGCCUGAUGCUAACUCCGACACCUCAAAACCGAUUGAGUUCCUUGUCAGCCAUGGCCAGGCUCAGCAAGAACUCUGCGACACCAUCUGCAAUUUGUAUGCAUUUAGCACAUCUACCGGAUUAGGUGGGAUGCAUCUGGUGCUGUUUAGAGUAGAAGGGAAUCACCGGUUGCCGCCGACGACAUUGUCUCCUGGCGACAUGGUCUGCGUGAGGACGUGCGAUAGUCGGGGUGCAAGCCCAACGUCUUGCCUGCAAGGCUUCAUACACAACCUUGGCGAGGAUGGUAGCAGCAUCAGUGUUGCUUUAGAGUCUCGCCACGGUGAUCCUACUUUCUCCAAGCUUUUUGGGAAGACAAUACGAAUUGAUCGCAUACAAGGAUUAGCAGAUGUGCUGACAUAUGAGCGCAACUGCGAAGCACUUAUGCUACUCCAGAAAAAUGGCCUACGUAAGAAAAAUCCUUCCAUUGAUGUAGUAGCUACUCUAUUUGGAGAUGAGGAGGAUGUAGCCAGCCUAGAGUUUAAUCAGUUGGUGGAUUGGGCUGAAGCAGAGCUGGAAGGAUUGUCGAGUAUUGGGACGUUUGAUGAUUCCCAGAGAAAAGCAAUCGCCUUGGGUUUGAAUAAGAGGCGGCCUCUAUUGAUAAUCCAAGGGCCUCCUGGGACUGGGAAAACAUGUUUGCUUAAAGAGCUUACUCUCCAUGCAGUUCAACAAGGUGAAAGGGUGCUGAUGACAGCACCAACAAAUGCAGCCGUUGAUAACAUGGUUGAAAAACUUUCAGAUAUUGGGCUUGACAUUGUUCGAGUGGGCAAUCCGGCACGUAUAUCUGAAUCGGUAGCCUCCAAAUCAUUAGGAGAAAUAGUAAGUGCAAGGCUUGAAAGUUUCCGAACAGAAUUUGAAAGGAAGAAAGCAGAUCUGAGGAAAGACCUUAGACACUGCCUUAAGGAUGAUUCUUUGGCUGCUGGUAUCCGUCAACUUCUGAAGCAGCUAGCUAAGACUUUUAAAAAGAAGGAGAAAGAGACUGUAAAAGAGGUACUCUCAAGUGCUCAAGUUGUGCUUGCUACAAACACUGGAGCAGCUGAUCCUUUGAUUCGCAGACUGGAUUUUUUUGACCUGGUUGUUAUAGAUGAAGCUGGUCAGGCAAUUGAACCAUCAUGCUGGAUACCUAUAUUGCAGGGAAAGCGCUCUAUACUUGCUGGUGAUCAGUGCCAGCUUGCCCCGGUGGUUUUAUCAAGGAAAGCCCUAGAAGGAGGCCUUGACGUAUCACUAAUGGAGAGAGCUGCCAAUUUGCAUGAAGGAAUUCUGGGAACCUUAUUGACAACACAAUACCGUAUGAAUGAUGCAAUUGCAAGUUGGGCCUCUAAGGAGAUGUAUGAAGGAUUAUUAAAAUCCUCUUCUACUGUUUCUUCGCAUCUUCUUGUUGAUUCCCCGUUUGUGAAGCCAACAUGGAUGACACAGUGCCCAUUGCUGUUGCUUGAUACUAGAAGGCCAUAUGGAAGUCUUUCAGCUGGUUGUGAAGAGCAUUUGGACCCAACUGGAACGGGCUCAUUUUACAAUGAGGGGGAAGCAGAUAUUGUUGUACAGCAUGUGUUUUCCUUGAUUUAUGCUGGUGUGAGCCCAAGAGCAAUUGCUGUGCAAUCUCCUUAUGUUGCUCAAGUACAACUUUUGAGAGACAGGCUUGAAGAGCUUCCAGAGGCAGCAGGUGUUGAGGUUGCAACCAUUGAUAGUUUUCAAGGUCGGGAAGCUGAUGCAGUCAUUAUAUCUAUGGUCCGCUCAAACACUUUAGGAGCAGUGGGAUUCCUCGGGGAUAGCAGGCGCAUGAAUGUUGCCAUAACGAGGGCUCGGAAGCAUGUCACCAUUGUGUGUGAUAGUUCGACAAUAUGCCAUAACACAUUCCUGGCCAGGCUAUUGCGUCAUAUCCGCUACUUUGGUAGAGUGAAGCAUGCUGAGCCUGGUAGUUUCGGGGGAUCUGGACUCGGGUUGGAUCCUAUGCUCCCAUCAAUUAAUUAAAAUCUGAAAGACCAACCGGAGGGGUGGAGUGGGUAUUACAGUGUUCAUGUUGAAGGUGCUCCUAUCUCCAUCUUUGCCAAUUGUAUAUGCAGCACAAUACACAUUUUUUUACAUCAUUCCACAAUGAAGUUCUUCACUUGUACAGAUUAUUCAAACGUCCCUUCCAUUUCUUUUUUCAGGAUAUAUAAAACAUUUUAAAUACU